AUGUCGGACGACAAGUCAGCCGGAAGAUUGAAGAUCAUCCUCGGAGUCGACUACGGGACCACAUUCACGGGGGUUAGCUAUGUAACCUCGGACAAAACGAGCAUCGACGACAUUGAUGUGAUCCGGACUUGGCCGGGCGACGGACGCCCAGUCGAGGGCAAUUGGAAGACACCGACGGUCAUCGCCUAUAAAGCCGAGAACCGGAGGGCGCGCCGCAACCACUGGGGCUAUGAGGUGCGCCGCGGCAUGCUGUCGUGUUCGUGGACGAAGCUGCUCCUGGACACAUCGGCCGAGACGGCCGAGUUCGACGACCCGUCGCUGCACGAUGCCGCUGGCUCCGCCUUCUUCCACAUUCCCGAGGGCAAGGACGCGCAGAUGGUGUGCCAGGACUUCCUGACCGAGGUCUACCGCUUCGUCAUCCACAACCUCCAGAUGCGCAUCACGUCCAAGGUCUUUGACAUGACGCCAAUGGAGUGUUACCUCACCGUUCCCGCGAUAUGGACGGAUAAGGCGCGGACGGCGACGUGGGAAGCCGCGAAGGCGGCUGGCUUCGGGUCCCGUCCGUUUGACACCAUCCGUAUGGUCCCCGAGCCGGAAGCGGCGGCUGUGGCUGCACUGAGAAAAGACCUCCGCCCGGGUUCGGUGAACGCUGUUAAGACCGGAGAUAACGCCCUCAUUCUCGACUGCGGAGGCGGGACUGUGGAUAUCACGACAUAUACGAUAAGAAAAACGUUCCCGUCAAUUGAGUUUGACGAAAUUUGUGUUGGCAUCGGGGGGAAGUGCGGAUCGACAUAUAUCGAUCGCAACUUCCUCAAGCUGAUGGCAGAGCGAUUCGGGCCCGCCUUCGAAGACGUCCCGCUCAAACGGAGAGGUCCGGGAAGCGAGUUCAUGGCAUCGUUUGAAAAAGUCAAACAGAGCUUUGGUAUCUCGGAGAACGUGUCCUUCGAGAUCUAUCCCAUCCACAUGCAAGGCGAAUUCGACGAGGAGCACUACGACCCAGAAGAGGCGGCCGUCAUUCUGUCAAGGGGCGACAUGGAGCAUAUAUUUGAUCCAGUCGUCCAGGACGUGCUUUGUCUCGUCAAUCAGCAGGUCGAGCGCAUCGCGCACACAAAGGGAAAGCGAAUCAACAUCAUCGUUCUUGUUGGUGGCUUUGGGAACUCGGACUACCUGAAGCACAAACUGGACUCCUGGUGCGCAAUCAACGGAAUCAAAUGCAUCCGCCCGACUUUCUGGGGGCUCGAGGGAGUGAUGCCGCGCACGCUCAUCUGCCGGCGUCAUUACGGAUUCAGAUGUGGUCUGCGCUUUCGGCCGGGCAUUGAUGAUGAACAGUAUGCCUUCGAGGAUUGGGACGGUGAGCUAUUCUGUAGUUCGCGCGUUCGCUGGAUGAUCAAUAAGGGCGAAAAACUUUCCGAGUCAACGUAUAGGACUACCACAGUCCGGAGAAUAUGGUCAGCCGAGAGCUCAUACACCUUCAAAAGUAACCUAUACACCUGUAACCUUGAUUCGGCCCCCGAACAUUACGACGACUCUGGGGUGGUACAUGUCGGCAGUAUUCGUGUCGACUUCGCAAACGUCGACAUGUCCAUGUUCAGGCAAAGGACGGUAUUGGGUGGUGUGGAAUAUGAACUCAAAUACAAAAUCGGCGUUGACUUCAGAGCUGAUGAAGGGAUCCUGCGGUGUUUCUGCCUGGCUGAUGGCAAGACUGUUGGCAUCACGACAAUCAGUUUCACGGAUCUUAUCUCCUAA